CGCUCGGCCCCCGCGCGGAGGAUGCUAGACCCCGAGCGCCUCAGAGUCGGGCCGUAAGGGAGAUCGUGGUCCUCCGUGUCUUUCGAGUCCCUUCUGCUCCCGAUGCCUGGGCACCCCCCAAACCUUGGCCGCCCCGCUGCGAUGCAGCUUCGGAAGGCGGGACAAGACCCCUCUGGUCGUAGGGCGCUGCACUGCGUCCUCGCUCCCCUCGCCCAGGCGCGCUCCUCCACCUGCGGCGUGCGGAGUUGCCACGUCCGGGCGCAGAGGCUGCAGAGACAGUUCUUGCGUCACCUGAAUAGAAGCCCAUGCUAACGCUCCCCGUACCUGUGCCACCUCGCAGUCGGCACCCCGAGACGUUGGGCACGGCGCGGGAUGCCUCCUGAGACCGCCUCGCCCCUCGGGAGGGGAGAGAGCACUGGCAGUUGCUGGGUAAUUUGAAGACGACUGUGGAGGGUUUGGUGUCAGCCAAUAGCCCCAAUGUCUGGUCCAAGUAUGGUGGUCUGGAACGGCUUUGCAGGGACAUGCAGAGCAUCCUCUACCAUGGUCUCAUCCAUGACCAGGUAUGUUGCCACCAGACUGAUUACUGGCAAUUUGUGAAAGACAUUCGGUGGCUCAGUCCCCACUCAGCCCUUCAUGUGGAGCAGUUCAUCAACUUGCAUGAGAAUGAUCAGAGCAACGCUGAUGGUGUGAGUGAGCGUGCCAUUGCAGAGUUGUGGCUGCAGCACAGUUUGCAGUGCCACUGCCUCUCAGCCCAGCUUCGGCCUCUGCUUGGAGACAGACAGUAUAUCAGAAAAUUCUACACAGACACUGCUUUCCUUCUAAGUGACGCCCAUGUCACAGCCAUGCUCCAGUGCCUAGAAGCAGUGGAACAGAAUAACCCCCGCCUCCUGGCUCAGAUCGACGCAUCCAUGUUUGCCAGAAAGCACGAGAGCCCGCUGCUGGUGACAAAGAGCCAGAGCCUGACAGCUCUGCCUGGUUCCACAUACACUCCUCCAGCCAGCUAUGCUCAGCAUUCCUAUUUCGGGUCAUUCUCUAGCCUCCACCAAUCCGUGCCCAACCACAACUCAGAGAGAAGAUCUACUUCCUUUUCACUCUCUGGCCCUCCCCGGAGACCUCAAGAAAGCACAGGGCACGUCGAACUAACAGAUGAUCAAACCAUCCAGGCCCCCCAGCCUUCAGCGUCUACACUGUCUGGGGGUUCCCCCCCAACCCAACAUGAGAUGAGCUCCCGCACUCUGACCAGCCCCGUAGAAGCAUCAUGGGUCAGCAACCAGAAUAAUUCCCCAAACGAUGCCAGUGAGGGGCCUGAGUAUCUGGCCAUUGGUAACCAGGACCCCCGCAGCAGGACUGCCAGCUGUCAGAGUCACAGCAGCAAUGCUGAGAGCAGCAGCUCCAAUUUAUUUUCCUCCAGCAGCUCCCAGAAGGCAGACUCUGCUACUUCUUCCUUAGGGGACCAGGAGGGAAGUGGACAAAGCCAGAUGUCCAGUGUCCUUCGCAGGUCCAGCUUCUCAGAGGGGCAGACACUCCCUGUCACCAAUGGGACAAAGAAGAGCCACACUCGCUCCCAUUCAGAUACCAACAUUGCCUCCCGAGGAGCCCCAGAAUCCUGCAAUGAAAAGUUGAAGUUGAGAGGUCCCUUGCCCUACUCUGGCCAAAGCAGUGAAGUCAGCACACCAAGCUCCCUGUAUAUGGACUAUGAAGGUGGUCAGUACCUGUGUUCAGGAGAAGGCAUGUUCCGUAGACCGUCAGAAGGACAGUCCCUCAUCAGCUACCUCUCUGAACAGGACUUUGGCAGCUGCGCAGACCUGGAAAAGGAGAAUGCCCACUUCAGCAUCUCAGAGUCCCUGAUCGCUGCCAUUGAGCUGAUGAAGUGCAACAUGAUGAGCCAGUGCCUAGAAGAAGAGGAAGUCGAGGAGGAAGACAGUGAUAGAGAGAUCCAGGAACUGAAGCAGAAGAUCCGCCUUCGGCGCCAGCAGAUCCGCACCAAGAAUCUGUUCCCCAUGUACCAGGAGGCUGAGCAUGGAAGCUUUCGGAUCACUUCCAGCAGCUCCCAGUUCAGUUCACGUGAUUCAGCACAGUUCUCUGACUCUGGCUCUGCUGAGGAAGUUGAUGACUUUGAAAUCCAAGAUGCUGUCAUCAGAAGGAGCGCAGCCUCAAACAGCAAAUCCUUCACUUCCUCUCAGUCCUUCUCCCACUGCUUCCUGCACUCUACAUCUGCCGAGGCAGUGGCCAUGGGGCUCCUGAAGCAGUUUGAGGGCAUGCAGCUCCCAGCUGCCUCGGAGCUGGAGUGGCUGGUUCCAGAGCAUGACGCCCCUCAGAAGCUCCUGCCCAUCCCAGACUCACUGCCCAUCUCCCCAGAUGAUGGGCAGCAUGCUGACAUAUACAAGCUGCGGAUUCGUGUUCGUGGCAACCUGGAGUGGGCCCCACCCCGGCCUCAGAUCAUUUUUAACGUUCAUCCAGCCCCAACGAGGAAAAUUGCUGUGGCCAAGCAGAAUUACCGCUGUGCAGGAUGUGGCAUCCGGACUGAGCCUGAUUAUAUCAAGCGACUGCGGUACUGUGAGUACUUGGGCAAGUACUUCUGUCAGUGCUGCCACGAGAAUGCCCAGAUGGCCAUCCCCAGCCGGAUUCUGCGUAAGUGGGACUUCAGCAAGUACUAUGUCAGCAAUUUCUCCAAGGACCUGCUCAUUAAGAUCUGGAACGAUCCACUCUUCAAUGUGCAGGACAUCAACAGCGCCCUCUAUAGGAAGGUCAAGCUGCUUAACCAAGUCCGGCUGCUGCGGAUCCAGCUCUAUCAUAUGAAGAACAUGUUUAAGACAUGCCGGUUGGCCAAAGAUCUUCUGGAUUCUUUUGACACAGUCCCAGGCCACCUGACAGAGGAUCUACACCUGUACUCACUGAAUGACCUGACUGCAACCAAGAAAGGGGAGCUGGGGCCCCGGCUUGUGGAGCUCACCAGGGCAGGGGCUGCCCAUGUCGGGCGAUGCAUGCUCUGCCAAGCCAAGGGCUUCAUCUGUGAGUUCUGCCAGAAUGAAGAUGAUGUCAUCUUUCCUUUUGAGCUCCAUAAGUGCCGGACCUGCGAAGAGUGUAAAGCGUGUUACCAUAAAGCGUGCUUCAAGUCUGGAAGCUGUCCCCGGUGUGAGCGGCUGCAGGCCCGCAGGGAGCUGCUGGCCAAGCAGAGCCUGCAGUCCUACCUGUCAGACUAUGAGGAGGAACCCACCGAAGCCUUGGCCCUAGAAGCCACCGUCCUGGAGACCACCUGAAGAAACCACACGAAGCCCUCUCUCCAGGGCUGGGGUCACACACCAUGCAGAGCUGAGCCACCCUUUGAAGGACCUUCCUGACUUGGGACAUUUUUUUUUUAAUUAUCAUUUUUUUUUAUGACUUCUCUGACGUCCAGGUGUUGUCAACCUUUGUUAGGUUGAUGUGGUCCAGUCUGUUGUGACAGACAGUUUGCGGGCAUCAGGCAUCUCCAUCAGAACUGACACAUAGGUGCUCAAGCAGAUUGGAGUGCCUCUGUCGGGAGGAGACAGUGGGACCCAGUUCUUCUGACUUCCAUGGCCUUCCCCCAAGGACCAGAUCUGGUUUCAGCUGCAUCUCAAGAGUCAUUUCCAGUUGAAUGUUGUGUUAGUUCUCGAGCUUCUGAGCCAAGCCCUUCUCAGCCAACUCUCUUCUCCUUUGCUGCUGAAACAGGGGGUUGGAGUUUUCUCCUCCCAGUCCUGGAAUAGGGUCAGAUUGCCCUGAGGAGAAGCAGCAGAGACUGGGACUACAUUGUAGGCUUACUUAGGUAUUUUGGGGCCACAAAAAACAGAAUCAUUACCAUCCUAAAAUCCUCAGAGACCUCAAGGAAGCAGCCGUGACUUCGGCACUCGAGACAGAUGGCACGAGCUAACUUUCAUUGUCCACUGCAGCAGGCUCCAAGCAAAGUAGAUCAGGCCCACUUGUAGCCUGGCGCCACGGGCUUACGUGAGGCUGCCGCUGUGCUUUAAGGAGCCUUUCAUUCGUCCAGAGGAGUUGUUGGCCACCUCUUAGGUAUCUAGGUUCUUAGUUAACCCAGCUCUUGGUGUAGAAGCAGUCUUCCAUGCUCAGGCAAGUCUCUGACACAGUCUUAAAAUGAAGACAGAAAUCCUACUCCCCAUCUUAUCAGUGGGUCCCUUCAUAGCCUGUCCUCUGUUAGCUGGUCAUUGUGGUUCAGAGUCAAAGUAAAAUCCAGCUCUAUUCUCUCCCCCUCUUGCAGCAGAGCUGGGACCUCCCUGGUGGCUGAUCUGUUGCCUUAGUUUCUUUUGUCAAAGUGGGGUUGGGGGGCUUCCUGCUAUUAGUAGUGCUAUGUAGAACUUGACAAUUUGUGGCUGUGGAGUGUGAAUGUUCCUGCAUUCUUGAGAUAAUAAGAGCCUUUAUGCCAGUUAUGCACUUAACUCUUCAAAUAGCCUAGUGAUUCAUGUGUGCAAUCAUCCUUUUCUUAUUACAAAUUUUAACAGUUUCCCUCCCCUGUUAAUGUGUGUUUUGAUGAGGAAAGGUCUUGGAUGGGACCAUAAAUCUGUUGUGUUAUUAAGUUGCUAUAGCUCCUAACCUCUGUGUAAAACACUGGUCAGGGUUGCUUCUUCAAGGGCUGGCAGCUGUGUGAAGUAAGCCCCAGUAUUUUUGUUCUGGGACUGACUUCUUCCUGUGUACUGUCUUCCUGUUAGUUGGUUGCUAGUAGAAAAAAAUUUUGGCUUGAGUGCUGCCCCUAGAAACUGAACAGAAAGUUGUGUGUGGCUGGUGGAGGCUGAUGAAUGUCUGAGCUGGCGAUAACAAGGAGUCUCAUGAGGAAGUAGCCGGCCAGAAAGGUAAAGACCAGAGCUGUCUCCAGAGAGCAAGAGGGAACAUAGAGAAACUGGCUCAUGGUGUUGAUUCCUCGGCCUCGAAGCUGGGCUCUGAAGGCAGCGUUGGAUUGGAAGACUCUGACUCUUCUCCGUUCAGUUCAUGGUCAAGUUCUAAAAGCCAAGACCCAGCCCAGUUUUGAAGGGCUGACUAGAAGCCGCCUUGUCCUUCAAGUAGCUUUGGGAGCCACAAAACUCAAGUGUCACUGAGGGUUAGGCCCCAUGUGCAGACUCCGGGGUUUGUGAAAAUGGCAAGCUCUGCUUCCAGUUUGGGGUAUAAAUCCAGCUCCUUACUCCAAGUCACUACACUGAGGGAGAGCAUACUCUCACUGCCCUGCCUGUUUCCUAUCAGCAUAGGGUCAGAGGCUGGAGAAUGCUGCCACAAUUUCUAAAGUGGACUCAGCCAUCUUACAUGCUCCUGAGUUUUCACUUACUUUUCUCCACCUCCUGCACCCUACCCCUAUAGAUGGCGUAUCUGUUCUAGCGACCCUGGUCAUAAGCUGUCUUCACCGUCAAAGCGCCCGUUUAUUUAUUUCCUUGUGUAAAGGGGGAGGGGAAGGGAGCAGAGCAUGGGAUGUUUUGAAAGCACUUUGCAACUUAUCAGUGUCCAAAAAUCUGCUGCUAUCAGGGCAGAAGCUUCUGAAUGCACUGAAGAGAAUUCCUUCUGUAUGAAAUGGGAGGGAAGAAGUGUUCUUUUUUGUAAAUAAAGGAAGAAAAAAUCCAUUUGUUUAUGAGGUGGAGGCAAGAUCAAGACAUGGCAGAAGAGUGGAAGGCAAAUAUCUUCCACUUAAAUGAGGCUGUUCGUGACUUUCUCUGCCAAGGCUUUAGAGCAAGAGUCUAAAUAGAGAUGUGUGUGUGUGUACAAUUCAUGUUCUGGAUUUCCACUUGCUGUAGUUCUUGCACAGCCCAAUAAUUCAUUGUCGUGAAUAAACUGA